AUGUCGAUUCAACAACAAUGUGGAACAGAUUCUUGGAUUGAUAUUCAAUCGGAAAAUAAUGUUCAACAGCAACCUCAAAAUCAUUCACAAAUACUGUCUGACUCAUUUUCUGAUAUUCACAUGUCAUCAAGUGUUCAUAUUAAUGAAAAUCUUUUACUUGAAGCACAAAAAGAGUCAUGUGUCGGAUCUGUUAAAGAUUCAAAUAGUGAUCGUUCCUCAUCGCCAAAAUCGCCAAAAAGUCUAUCGCCUACAGAUCAAACAAAUCGAAAUGUUGCUGAAUGGAUGAUGUCUUGGUCAAGUCGUGUUGAAGCUGAACCACCAAAAGAAUGGAAAUUUAUUCAUCCAUGUAAUAAAAGCGAUCCAGCUAAAUUUGAUGAAGAUGAUAGCGAUGAGAAUGAAAUGAGAAAAGCAAUUGUAGAAAAGAAAAGUUAUCGCAUAAUUGUAUUAACAAAUGCUUGUAGUUUUAUACUUGGCAUGGGCAUAAUGUAUUUAUGCAUUCGCCGAUAUCUAAGAUUAAAGACACCAGAUUUCUAUACAUUAGAAUGA